UCAAAAGGCAAAAAUGUCCAUUCAAUCCUCUCAAUAUCUUCACUCCCAAACAGCCCCUUAUUGCUUUCUAGCCUUUCUUUCAAUUCUCGAGAUUCGUGGAUUUUUCCCCUUCAUCUCCACCGUGCGUUCCAAGUCACAGCUACGCCUGAAUAGUGGCUGAGCGGAUAGCGCAGUUAAAAUUCGUAGACGUUGCUCGGUUGCUGCUUUGAAAUGAUAUUUUUUUUUAAUAAUAAUUGACUUUUAAUUCUGGGACCAAUCAAUAGAAAAUUGUUUGUUUUUUUUUUUUGAAUUUUUCUAAAAAGAUAUCUGCCACUUGUACCAUCCGCACCUACACCUUUUAAUAUAUCACACAUUUUUUUACGGGAGGGUUGUCGUUGUCUUUAAGAUAGCUUUGAUGUCCUCGUCCUCAGGUGAACUUUUCUCCUUGAUUCUCCACCAUCGAUGUUAAUAUAUAAAAUGUCAAUUCUUUUACGGAAAGUUGAUCUGACGGUGGAAUCAUGGGGGGUGGGGGCCAACAUGCUGUCUAAACGACAACGUUUUGCCCCUCCAACCUCUUUUUUCUUUAAGGAGGAAAAAAAUAAAAACUUUUGCGGUGAGACUUGGCAUCUUCUACCGAAACAUUAAAUUAAAUAUUCUCACUCAUUUUGACCGCAAUUGCCCUUUGCUCCUUCCUCUAUAUAACCCCUUCACAACCCCCUUCUCUCUCCUCAUCGCUUCUCUUCACUUUCUCUGCUCUCUCUCUCUCUCUCUCUCCAAAGUUUACGUUUCUCCUCGUCUUUCUCUAAUGGCGGAAACACCAUUGAAACGCCAAAGGGAAGAAACCCAUGUGGAAGAAGAAGAUUCCAAGCGUCACAAGUCGUAUAACCACAUACUCUCUAUUCUUGACGCAGAUGAAGAAGAACCCACCCAAGAUCUUUCCUCCCUCAUCACAACCCUCCAGCAGGAACUGUCUUCCGAUUCUAGCUUCGACCCAGUUCAGUGCCCAGCCUCGGAGGGUGACGCAGAAAAUUCCAUCACCGCUUCUGCUACCUUAGAGUGCACUUCUUCUUCGUCGUCCUCUUCUACGCUUGUACUUUUGAAGGAAGGCGAAGAGGAGGAUAAAGAGGGGUUCAUUAGACACCUGCUGGAAGCCUCGGACGACGAACUUGGGAUUCCAAACAGAGAAGUGAGAGUAGAUGAUGGAGAAUACGGUUUCCAUGAUGGAGAUUUGUUCUGUUUGGGUAAUGUGUUAUGGGAGCUCGAAGACGAGGCUGCCAACUUCUAUACGUUGUUGCAGUCGGAGCUUUUUAUGUAGGGGUUAAAAUGAAAAACUAGAAAACAUUAGGGGGGUUGAGAAAGGAAAAAGACAAGAGUGAGAGGGGGGAGGGAAAAGGGCAAAAUGGAGGCGUUUUUGGGUUUUCAUUUUGGACCCCUCUUCUUUUGUAAUAUAUCAAUCUUGUCCCCUUUUCUUUUUAGAAUAUUAAAAGAACAAAAUGUAGAAGAAAAAGGAUUCAUAUUCUCAUA